UACAUUUGGAUGCUGUAAGCGUGCAAUGCUUUGCUCUGCCCUGUACGGUUUGUAUGUAUCGGUCACCGGUGCGAACGGGCGGACGGAGUGCGGGCUACUUUGCGUCGAGGGUGUAAUACAAAGAUUAACCCUAAACUAAUACGCAAGGCUGCGUUUAAAGGCAACUUGGUACCCGCGAGGAUGCGCUCAGCAUCAUCCAGUGAUGUAAUGUGAUGGGAAUAACGCAGGAUACAGUGAUGGAUACACGGGCCACACCUGUGCUGCGGAUGGACAGGUGCGUUACCUGUGGACCUGUUGGAGACCACCGGGCACAAAUGCGCAGCACUGGGCAUCACACGACCCAAUGAUGGCGUUGUGACACACCAUUGGAUCGAACAAAGACCUAAUGGGUCCUAUUCGUGGCACUCGUUUUAUAUCGAUGAUUAGAUUCAAAGCACUGGAUUCAGUUCACACUGGCCUUAUAUUAACUGGACGGAGCCGUCUGCGUUUCAUCUGCGUGCGUAAAAGCUUGAAUUCGAGACAAAGACCGUGUGGAUGUAACGCGCACCGGUGAAAAAACGCGCUAUGGAUGCGGUUCGGCUGGACGCGCUCAAUCCGCCGGCCGAGAACGGCAAUGUGUCGCAGUCCGAACCGCGCAAGCGGCUCUCGCAGGUGGACACGGUGGUUCUGCCGUUUCUCGGGGGGUUCGGGAGAUAUCAGCGGCGUCUGGUGGCCCUGACGUGGAUCCCGGCGGUGCUGAUCUCGUUCAGCCAGUUCUCCGAUUACUUUCUGCUCGGGGAGCCGGACAAGAAGUGCGUCCGCCCGGUUCAUGGCAACGGGACAGGAUCGGCCCGUGUUUUACUUUCGGAACUGAUUGCUAACGGGACAGAAAGCGACACCGGUUACGGUUCGGCGUGCAUGUGCUCGGAGUGGAGGUUUGAACUGCAGUCGGGACUGCAGCAGAAUGUGGUCACCAAGUGGACGCUGGUGUGUGAUGGAGAGUGGAAGGUUCAUAUUGCAAAGUUCUCUCUGUUGGUCGGGUCGAUAUUUGGUUACUUGCUGAUGGGAGCGAUGGCAGACUGGUUGGGUCGUAUCCCCGUGCUGCUGGUGUCUGUGCUCUCUUUGCUGGUGUUCGGGUUAGCCAUGGCGUUUUCUGUGGAUAUGGCCAUGUUCAGCACACUGCGCUUCUUUGAAGGCUUUUGUCUAGCCGCUAUCAGGUUAUCUCUUUACGUCCUGAGGAUUGAGUUAUGUCUGCCAAAGUGGCGUUUCUCCAUGACCAUGAUCGCCAGUCUGAUUGUGGUUGGUGGGCAGCUCUUGAUGCCCGGUUUGGCAGCGUUAUGCCGCGAUUGGCAGAUUCUUCAGAUUACAAUCAUCGCUCCAUUUGUGCUUAUGCUCCCAUACGUAUGGAUGUUUCCUGAAUCUCUACGCUGGUUGUUGGUCACUCAACACUACCAAAGAGCCAAACGACAAAUGUACAGAAUCGCCCAGAGCAACAACGUAGACACGACGACCGAUCCGAGCGGCAUCCUCUCAGAGUUGGAGGCAGAACUGCAGCAGACGCCUGAGACCUGUUGUGUAACGCAGCUGAGGAGCACCAGAAACCUGUGGAAGAACACAGUUGUGCUUUGUGUUAACUCGUUGACCGGCUACGGCAUCCAUCACUGUUUCGCUCGUAGCGUCUCCGAGGGCAGCGCGACUCAUCUGCAUUAUUAUGCAUUAGCUGCGAUAGCAACAGCGUCUUGUUUGGUGGUAUUUCCCGUAGUAGGAGGUUUUGGCAGGAGAGGAGGUUUGCUUACCUUCAUGAUCAUUACAGCCCUGGCAUCUCUGCUGCAGCUUGGCUUGCUAAACCUCAUUGGAAAGUACAGUCUUCGGCAUGAUGAAGUUCUCAGAGACACUCUGAAUCGGCGGUUCUCAUACGCGUUCUCCAUCAUUGGAAUGUUCUCAUCUCAUGCCGUCAGCACGCUCAGCAUCUUUUACUGCGCAGAGAUCACGCCAACUGUUAUCAGAGGUGGAGGUGUGGGUUUGGUGUUGGCCAGCGCAGGUUUCGGUAUGUUAACGGCACCGUUGAUGGAGCUUCACAAUCAGAAGGGCUUCUUCCUCCAUCACAUCAUCCUCACGUGCUGCACGCUGCUCUGCAUCAUCUGCAUACCGUUAUUACCGGAGACCGCCGGACAGCCGCUACCCGAGACCAUCGCGGAGGGAGAAGGGAUGAUGCGGAGACCGAUCAUCCCCGCUGAGCAGCAUCAUCUCCUGUCCCGGACGGAAGUCAGGGAGUACUCACGCGUCCAGGACACGCCCCUUCACCAGGUCUUCAACUCUGGCAACGGGUCGAUGCCCAGCAACAGCACAGCCAAUGGUGUGAGGACUUCAUGACGUUUACGCCCAUACUCAAAGCCGCCAAACGGAGAACCGCGAUGGCGAGCUGAUUGAACUACCGCAGUGACGUUACAAUUUGCCAAGAUUUACGUUUUUAUAAGCGUGGAAAGUGACUGAUAAACGCCUCAUUAACCAGCAUCGGUGAAGAUUACCAUUGUAGAAAGCGAAAAUAUUAUUUUAACUUUCAUUCCGUGAAAGGAAGUCUAUUUUUUCGAAUAGCCACUAAGUUAGCUAAUUUAACUUCGGCCGAACAAGAAAGGAAUUUCGGAAUUGAAUGUGAAUUUUGUAUGUUUGGUAAAUCGUGUAUUUAUUAUGAACAGAACGAUGCUAAAAGGUAAAAGACAAACAUCGGCUUCCAUAAUGAAAUAAACGUGUGUUCGAUGAGCUGCGCAGAUCGAUGUGCGUAUGACGUCAAAGUACCGCGAAAGCGACAUACGAGCGUGUGGAGUAGUCUGCUCUCGCGAUACUUCGACGUCGAUCUGCGUACACGCUCAAUGAAGACGAAAACGCUUAUAAACACAACAAAUUUGUGUACUUUUGUUGUUUAAACCAAUUCUUCAAAAACAUGAGCACAACAAUUAUUGUGCAUUUAACAUAAAUGCAUGCAACAGUACUUACAUGAACUCAAAACACUGAUGUGACAAUUUACCUAAAUGUAGUUUUGCAGAAAAUUGCUCUACUUGGGUUUCAUGUUGCACUGAACUGAACGCAACAUUAAACAUGAGAAAGGUCUAAUUUACACACAAAUUGGCUCUGAUGGUUUUCAUUAUUGAUGCCCAAGUAUGUGUGCACCAAUUCAUUUUUUUUAGUCUUGUUUGUUUUGCACGAAAUCUGGAAAAGCAAUCAUGAAGCGGCCAAAUGAAUCUGUAAUGAGUGUAUAUGAAACCAUGACAAGACAGAUGAUGGCUGUUGACAAGAAAAACAGCAUAACUUAAUAGUAUGCUAUAAAGAUGCAAAAAUAAACAAACCCACCUGUUACAGGUUACUGCAGCACAAGGCGUUAAUUCAACAGCACCUGUCAAAGCACGUUUCAUUGCAAAUCAUUUUCUCAUAACAUGAAGUCUAAAUACGGUAAUAAAGUCUAUUUUAAACCAUUAAGAUUUUUUGCAUUCCUACAAUUUCUCUUUUUGUCCAAAACAAAUAUACAGUAUUACAGUAAAAGGAAACACUGCUGGGGGAUUGAUUUCACAAUGAAAAAAUCUUAAUGGUUGAAAAAGACUUAAUUUAUGCAAAAUAUAAUUUUCCAGUCCCUGGUUUCCUUCUGGACCUAUAAAUGUGAACUGGAAGUUAAUGCAGAGAGCGAUCACUUGAAGGGCUGCUGAGUGUUUUCAUGUAUAUUAAUCCAUUAUCAAUCUGUAGAAUAGCAGUGCAGUAACUUAAUCAUCAGCAUCUAUCCUCAAACUAUUCAGAAAAAACAUUUCACUUCUUCAUUACAAGUUGCAUUUGUCACAUUGUGUGAGUAAUAGUGAGUAUUAAGUAAUAUACACAUUUCGCAUUCGGCUAGUGUCCUGCAUAUGCUAGUAAACUCGAGCAACAUCUUGACUGUUCAUUAAGAAAAAAGCACAUAUGAAUCUCAGAGAAAAAUGUCCAGCUCAUAUUUAAGCCCAAAUCAUAAGUGAGAAAAAAACAUGACCUAAGAAAUGUAUAAAUUUAAAUUUGUGCAGAAGACAAACGUUUUGAAGCAUCAGUGUAUUUUUCUGUAUUUGCAGACUCCUGUGUGUCAUUUUUAAGACUAGGAUUAAAUAGAAAUUUCAUACAUUUUAAUGAUCCAUUUAAAGACAUUGCACUUGUAAAUAAAUACCUUUUUUAAUACAG